AUGAGUGCUGAAACAUCACCAUCUUCUAAUGAAGACUCUGACUCUAGCAGCCAAAGCAGUGAUUUUGACACAGAACCUUUUCGAUACCCUAGCACAACAGACCCCACUUCAGUUAAAGACCAACCUUCUGUUGAAGCUUUUCCGCUAGAAAAUGACUUGGUGCAAGUAAACUUUGGUAAGUGGAUGAUAUUCAGACUAUAUACUCAACUUGAUGAGACAUGGCACAUGAUAAGGAACGAAGUCGAAUGUGGUGUGCUGGCUGACUCAGUAGUAUUAGCUUUAAGCUCUACGAUGUACUACAAUCCGACAGCUCAUGGACCUGGGCCAAGAAAAGUUGGAGUGAUCUGCGUGUACACUACCGAGAAAAACAUUGACACUGUAGGCUUCACACUUAUCAAUUUAGUCCACCACGACAUAAAGUUCAAAACAGAGCAAGCAACGGAGAACUAUAAGUUUGCAUGGAAAAGAGACCAAGCAUCAGUCUGCCUUCGAACACUUUAUUGGAAUAGUGGGAAGCCGUCAUUUUUGCUACAGGGAGAUCGAUGUUCUGGGCCAGUUUGUGGUCGAAUCAGAGACGAGUGGCACCUUAAUUAUGUGAGAGCACCUGAGCCAAUUAUGUCAAGAAACUUCGACUAUGGUCGAUGGGUUUUAACUUUGAAAUCCUGUGCCCAAUUGACAAUAAUAUGGCACAUUUUGAAGGGGGGGAUUGAAGGUGGACACAUGGGUCCAGUUGAAAUGGUGUGCCCACCCAAAAUUGAUUGGAGAGAUGCAAAUGAGGAGCCUGUGUUCCUAGUGUACACUGCUCGCAACAACCGAGAGUACGUUGGUCGCACAAUUUCCACGUUGGUCGAAAGCAACGAAGUUACCAGUUGUUCAUAUGAGGUGCCCAGAAGAGUGGUAAAGAACCAAUACAAUCACAGUGUGGUGUGGGAAAAUGAUAAACCUGUGUAUGUUAUGACUUUGGCUAGCCGUCAAUAGUAUACAGCCUAUGGAUUUUGUGUAUCAAUA